AUGGCGCCCACCAACCUCUCGCGAAUACCUCUCACUCACUGUCGCUUCAUCCUACGACGAAAUUUUAGCUCUUCAUGCCGAAGAUGUCGAAGCGCUGAAUUGUCUCGCCCUCCCMCCGCMCCCAAGCCAGUACCCGAUGUGAAGCUAAUCCGAGAACACGCGGAAUUGUUCGCGCGCAAUUGCGUGAAUCGCAACUAUGCUUCCCACGAGGGAUAUCCGCAUCAAAUUAAGGAGCUGUACGCAGAGACAAAAAGGCUUGAAGAGGCUUUACUAGAUCCGCGACGGAAAAUAAAGGAAUUGGAGAAGGAGAUCGGCAGGGUAGCGGGCAAUCGAGAAGUCAACGGUGAAGAGAAGAAGCAGAAAUUAAACGAGUUACGGAAGGAGGCACAAAAUCUCAAGAAGAAUUCUCAAGAUACGUUACUGCGGAAAGAAACCCUAGACAGUGAAAUACAGAAGCUCGCUCUUUCGCUACCGAACCUUACCUCCCCCGAAGCUCCCGUUGGCGACGAGCCUCGUGUGGUUGGCUACAUCAACUACGACCCUGAUGAAUCAUCUACUUGGCUCAGAAACAAACAGCCGUAUCGAUCACAUGUGGAUAUCGGGACGAAGCUCGAACUACUCGAUUUUACGAGCUCCGCGACAUCGACUGGCUGGGGGUGGUACUUCUUGAUAAACGAGGGAGCUCUACUAGAACAAGCGCUGAUCCAAUACUCGCUGAAUGUGGCGCUGAAGCGAGGAUUCAAAKCCGUCGCGCCGCCAUCGAUUGUCUACUCUUAUAUUCAAGAGGCGUGUGGAUACCAGCCGCGCGAUCAGAAUAAUGAACAACAGAUAUGGCACAUCGAGCAGAGCGAAAAGGAUAAAGCGCGACCUCAACGGUCACUUGCGGGGACCGCUGAGAUUCCUUUGGCUGCGAUGUAUGCCGGACGAGAUAUCGACGAGGCACUUUUACCUCUGAAAUUUGUCGGCACAAGUCGAUGCUACCGUGCCGAGGCCGGUGCGCGAGGUGUCGAUACAAAGGGACUGUACCGUGUCCACGAGUUUACCAAGGUAGAAUUAUUCGGAUGGUCGAAUAAUCCACGAUCUGACACGCCUGACCCUCUUUUCGAGAAGUGUACACCAUUGAAAGAACUGUUCAAUGAACUCGGGGAGAUCCAAGUUGAGAUAUUGACUGCUUUGAACCUGCCAUGUCGGAUUCUGGAAAUGCCUACUGGUGACCUUGGGGCUAGUGCAACGCGGAAACGCGACAUAGAAGCUUUGUUCCCUUCGCGAUUGCGAGCAGUUGAGACUGAAACUGGAAACAGUGGAUAUGAUCUCGAGACAGGCUGGGGCGAGGUCACAUCUGCCUCGAUCUGCACAGACUAUCAAAGCCGUCGACUAGGAACGAGGAUUCGUACCAGUCAAGGGGAGAAGUCUCGCUACCCGCUGACUGUUAAUGGAACGGCUGUUGCGGUUCCGCGAGUGUUGGCCGCUAUACUUGAGAAUUGCUGGGAUGAGGAGAGAGAAGUCGUUGUUAUUCCAGAGGUUCUGAGGCAGUGGAUGGGAGGGACCGAGACGAUUGGCAAGAAAUAG